AUGGCCGGGCAGCUUCGAUGGCUCAGUACGGAGGUAAAUGCACUUCCCAGCAGCAACUUCUUGGAGACCGACCAGGGAAUUGCCACCAUUCACGCGUUUGGAUGGGAAGAUGCGUAUGGUGCCGAGAACAGCAAAGCAGUAAAUGCAGCCAAAUUACCCUCAUAUACAUUCUUUUCACUCGAAGAGCAGCUGACCCUCGUGCUUGACUUGGUAGUCGCUGGGGUGACCCUGCUCAACAUGAUCCUUAUUGUCACCCUGAGGAAUAAUUUCACAGCCGGCGAUGUGGGACUAAGUGUGAACGUGAUUCUGAUAGUCACUAGGGCCCUGUUGAUCACGGUCCAAUCAUGGGCCAACUGCGAGGCCUCGCGGGGCGUCAUUCCACGCAUCAUGGACUCUGUGAAGACGGGGUUCCCCGAGCCAAAGCCGACCUCGCCAACCCCGACCGGAGCACCUUCGGGAGCCGCCCACGCUCUCGACCAUACCUCGUUGAAGGUGGACCCGGGCCAAACCAUUAGCAUCUGCGGAUGCACCGGCAGCGGCAACCCCUCUCUUCUGUUGAGUUUCGCACAUCUGCUCGAGCUGUCCGAGGGGAGUAACGCCAUUGAUGGCCUAGAUCUGACCUCGAUCCCACGGGACGUGGUACGGUCUCGAUCGAGUACCAUCCCACAGGACUCGUUCAUUUUGGCGAGCGACUCGGUACGUCACAACCCGGACGCCGCGGGACUCGCGACCGAUGAGCAGAUUCUGGAUGCUCGGGAUACGGUCCAUCUCCGCUCGCAGUUGGACAACAAAGCUCUGGAUUCUGGCUUCGCCGCGAGUGCGUUUCUUGACGUUCCCAUGCGGGAGUGGCCUCUAUUUCAGGGCCAGUUGCAGCUGUUCUCACUUGCGCGGGCUCUCCUGCUUCGCCGGUCGCGGGGCAAAGUGGUGCUGCUGGAUGAGGCUGCUAGUAGCAUCGACCUUGAGACCGACGCACUGAUACGAAAGGUGCUAUGUGAGGAGCUCAGAGGAUAUACCGUUCUCGUGGUGGCUCACCGGUUGGAACCGAUCGUUAGUGCAGACUCCGUUGUUGUCCUGGAUUAG